AUGUUCAAUCUCAUCAGCAGAAACUUGUCCUUUUCUGCGUUCAAAGCAACGUCGGUUCAUAUCCUGUUUCCUCGCUCAUUAUCUUCGUCAACAGCUGCAUCAGAUAACUCAUUCACAGUUUCUUACCUGAUUGACUCAUGCGGAUUCCCUCCCGACAAGGCGAUUUCAGCUUCCAAAUUCUUGAAGUUCAAAACCCCAGAUAGAGCAGACUCUGUGAUAGCAUUUUUCAAGAAUCAAGGGUUCACAGAAACCCAAAUCUCUAAUUUGGUUCGAAAGUACCCUACAGCUCUCCACUAUCAUCCCGAAAAAAACCUUUUGCCCAAAUUUGAGUUCUUAGGCUCUAUAGGUCUUUCGCAUUCUGAUAUUUUUAAGUUAUUUACUGGAAGACCCAACUUACUAGGCAGAAGCUUGAAGAAUCAUAUAGAACCUACCUAUAAUAUACUUAGAGAUUUGCUUCAAUCCAACAAUAGAACAGCUAUUGCAAUCAGGAGAUGUGCCUGGGUCUUGGAUUUGAAUUUCCAUGCAAAUAUGUUUGCAAAUAUGCAAAUACUUCUUGAUGUUGGUGUACCUGGAUCAAAGAUGUUGUAUCUGUUAACUCACCAGCCUCGAGAUUUUUUAGUUCCUACAGACCAGUUCAAAAAGGCUGUGGAGGAAGUAGUGGAGAUGAGUUUUGAUCCUUUGAAAAUAACUUUUGUGUUAGCAGUUCAUGCACUUAGGUCAAUGAGCAAGUCCACUUGGGAAAAGAAGAUGGAGACUUAUGAGAAAUGGGGUUGGUCUAAAGCCCAGAUCUUGCUAGCUUUUAGGAUUAAUCCAUGGUGUAUGAUGAUAUCAGAGGAGAAAAUUGAUAAAGUGAUGGAGUUUCUUGUUAAUAAGAUGGGGUUUGAGACAUCCAUUGUCUCAAAGAACUUUGCAAUCUUUUCAUUGAGUAUGGAGAAAAGGAUUAUUCCAAGAAGUAUGGUUUACCAAUAUUGUUUGGACAAUGGAUUGUUGAAAGAUAAAAAAAUUUGUGGUUUCAGUUGGUGGUUGCAGUGUUCGGAUAAUAUAUUCAUCAAGAGAUUGGAAAGAUAUGAGAAAGAAGCUCCAGGUGUUUUGAAGUUAUAUCAGGAAAAGUUAGUUGGAUGA